AUGAGCCUGCUGCAAGCAGAGUCUCACCUGCAGAGACAAAAGGACAUCAUGGUCAACGUCCAAGUGAUGAUCCUGCUGCUGGCCUAUCUGAUGAGGGGGUUCACUGAUGGAGGCACCAUCACGUACAGAACAGUCACCACCAAGUCCAGGGAUGGGGAGGAGAUGGAGGGGGGCUUCAACCUCAAUGUCAAGAAACAGCAGAUGUCCAAUGGCAGCUCCAUCACUGAGUUCCUCCUCUUGGCAUUCACAGACACAUGGGAGCUGCAGCUCUUGGCUACUCAGGUCUUUUUCUUUUUCUUUCUGAUGUCAGCAGAGUUUUAUCUUCUCACUAUCAUGUCUUAUGACCGCUACGUUGCCAUCUGCCAACCCCUGCACUACGGGACCGUUCUGUACUCGGUGGUGCCUCCAUCAGCGAACCCCCUCAUCUACAGCAUGAGGAACCAGGAGCUCAAGGAGGCCAUUAGGAAAGUGAUUUCAUGGAUGUUUCUCAUGAAAAAUUUAUCUCAGUUAUGA